AUAACAUUUCUUUCCAGAACAAAAUAAUCUGUAAGAAGUGUUCACAACACCGCUUAGAUUCUCGGGUAACUACGCGAGACUUCCUUGUUGACAAGCACUCUUUCCAAAAUGGCUAGGUCAGACUGGGUUUACGAUGAACUUCUUACAUUUCUUGGCAAUCCAUUAUUUCAGGUUCCAGUUUUAACCUUCAUGGAAGCAAAUUGUAUAAUUUUUGACCCCAGUAUAGAAGACUGUAAGGAGUACAGAGAACAGCAUACAUCAUAUCAUGAUUUGAUAAACACAUUGUUAGAUGGCUUUAGAAAAGAUUCCAAACUGUCUCAUGAAGAUAUCAUCAAUGCAUUUAAAGAAAUGAAUGCCAAAGAUGAUCUUAAAGAAAUAUUUCAGGUGAUAUUUGAAAUGGUUUUAGCUAUGGAUGAUUUUAGUAUGUUUGUAAGAAUAAUGACUUUAAAAAAUAUUGAGCUCCAAGAGCAGGUAUUAAGAAUGAUGGCUAAAACUACAGGCAGUAUCCCAGACAGUUUUACAACUGCUCCUCCAAAAAAAGCAAAAACUGCAGAAGAGGCAGAGGAAGAACUCCUGGCUAAAGUAAUGGAGCAGUCAAAAAAAGAAUAUGAAAUGGAAGAAAAGAAGAGAAAAACUAUGGAAAAAGAGGAAUUAGCAAAUGUUAUGGUAUUAGAACAGAACAGAUUACAAAAUGAAAAAGCAAAAGAACAUAAAAAAUAUGAACAGGCAAUUCAAGAUUUAUCUCAGGGAUCAACACCAACCAAACCUGUCCAAGAUAAAUUGAUUGCCUUAAGUAUAUCUCAACCAAAACCACAGGCGGCACAGCCAACUCAACCACAACAACCUGUGGCACAACCUGUAACUAGCAAGCCACCACCAGCAAAACCAGUAAAGCAAACCGACUUGAAAGCAGCGCCAUCAGUGAUUGUAACACCUAGUAGAGAUAAUGUGUCUAGUUCAGAAGCUGCUGCUAACUGGUUAGCACAAGCUAAAACAGAUAUACCAUCUAGUUCCAAUGCUGCUAACUUAAAUGCAGCUCAUGCUGCUUUAUCUAAACUUAGUCCUGAUGAAUUAAAGCAAAGACAAGAAUAUUUAAAACAACAAAGAGACAAACUGGUUGCAAUGAAAAAGAAAGAAAGAGAAAAACAGCUUUUAGCUGCAGAGCAAACACAACCACAAAGACCUGUAUCAGCAAGAAAUGCUAGGUCAGCGUUAAAAGGGGAUCAACCGAAGAAAGUAGAUCCAGAAGAGGAGAAAAAAUUAGCAAUGAGAAAAGCCAUAGCUAAUAGACUAAAAUCAGAACUUUUAGGAAAUAAUUGAUGCUUGUUUUCUGAACCAUUUAAAAUGGUUAUUAAUGUUGUGGUAUAAUUAUAUGUAAUAUUCUGUUUGUGAAGUGCUGUUCCAUCUUGUAACCGUCCAAUAGGUAAAUGUACUUUUAAGUUUAUAUACUUUUGUGAAAUACAAUUAUUUGAAUGAAUUGAAACCUAGAUUAUACCAUAUAUAUGAAAUCUCUUACAUUGAAAUUUAGUGUCAUUAGACUAACUUUCACUGUUCACUGUAUAAGUUAAGCUGAGUUCUGUGGAAAAGGGGGUUAUAUUUGAAGCCUAUAGGUUAUUAAAUUGGACAACAUGGCAUGAGGAAAACAACCAAAGUCUUGAAAAUUUGAAACCUAUAUGUGAAAAAAUAACAUAGAGCACAAUCCUCAUCCAAAAAAAAGAUAUUUACAAAGAAAGAGUAUGUUGAAUUUUCUAUUUACUUGCAAAAAGUAUUUCAGUGAUAGUUGUGCUCCAUGUUGAUUUAGCAAACAUAUUCCUGAAGUUUACUUACUUUAGCUAAUUUCCUUUAAUACAAAUUGUGUAUAUGGAUAAUUUACAUAGAAGAAAAACCCUAAAAUAAACCUUAUCAAGUAGAAUGUUACUUGUAAAAUUAAACUCAGGUACCUAUAUUCACUCCUCAAUAUCAGUUUGGUCUGACAGUAAGAGAAAAGUGUAUGCAUGGUGAAAUAAGACACAAAAAUAUAUUUGUAUUGUUCAUCACUUCAAUUCCAAAAAUUAAAUACUCAAAUCAUGAAAGGCAAUUGUUUGAAAUGCUAUGCAAAACUUGUAUACAAAGAAUAAAGAUUUGGUAUUUAAUUAGUUCUUGUGCUCAUAUUUAAAUAGAAUUUCACUGAUUUUUUUUUAUAUAAAAGAUGAUAACAGUAUUUAAAAUGAACUGUUUAUCACUUUUAUGUAUAUUUGCCUAAUUGAGAUGACAUGGUUCUUUUUGUGCAGCUUGUAUCUUUUGUUUUCAUUUUCAACUUUGGUAUAAGAUGUUCAAAAAGUAGUUCCUUCUAUUUAGAUAAGUUACAGAAAAGUCUAACAAUGAGUGUUGCAUAAAACUAUGUAUUGUGAGAUAAUGAAAUGCUAUUACUAAUAAUUCCACAAUUGUAAAAUACAAUAGACAAACUAUAACUAAUUUUAUAUUAGUUUUAUUUUGGACACCAAUAUAAAAGAGAAUGUUUUAUGAAUGGUAUUUUCAAGUUAUGAGAUGGUGUUACAAUUAACAUUCCAGUUGUGUUCUUAAUUAUUUUAAUCUUAUUUUCCCGUCAUUUAUAUAUUCUUUUCAUUUGAAUGCUCUAUAUAUCUAUAUAUAUUAAGCUACUUAUUAAGUAAAUCAUAUCACACAUUUAUUUUUUUGAAUUGCCAUAAAUCAUGUGAUUAUAUAUGUAUUAUUUUUAUACUUUUGUGACGAGUAGUAUGUUUAGUUGUUAAGUGCUAUUAAUCAAACUUUUGUGUAAUUUCUAUAUGUCUAUAUUUAAUCAUGUGCCCAAUAUUAUGGUUGUUAAUCAUAUAGAUGCUCCUUAAAUAUACCUACACAAAUUUAAGUUUUAAAGAUGGUGAGUUAUUAAGAAAUAUUCUAUAUCUUUUGAUCAUGAACUGUAAAUCUCUAAGUUUGUUUAUAUGCUGGUAUAUAUUGUGAAAAAGAAAUCAAUUGUACCUAACAGGCUAUUAUUUGAACUUGGAAUUAUUUUUAAUUAUGGAAUUUGCAUAAUUUCUUGUGCUGGAAUUUUUUAAUAAAUUUCAUGUUUAUUUGGUAAAAAAAUGUAUUAUAAUGUUUUGAGUGGAUCAUAACACUUUCCAUACAAUGUAUUUUGGUUAGAUAGUGUUGUGUGCAGCACAGUACAUUCUAUUGAAAAUGUACUAUCUUCUUUGUAAAGGAAAGUAUUGUGUGCAGCACAGAACAUUUGAGUACAGAAUAAACAUGGAAUUUAUUAAAAAUUUCCAGCACAAGAAAUUAUGCAAAUUCCAUAAUUAAAACUAAUUCCAAAUAAUAGCCUGUUAACUGUAAAAUUCUCUUUACAAAACAGUUUGUCUUACAACUAAUUUGUAACAGCUUUUUUGAUUGGAAUCAUUUUCAUAAUUUUCCUGCCGGAUUGCUCUGUACAUUGGAAAGGAUGUCUUAAUGUUAAAAUUCAUUUAAAAGACUUGGUUUAGUUAUUACAUUUCAAUAGGAUUUAACAAGAUAUAUUUUUGACUUGGACACAUCAAUAAUAGAUUUUAGUGUCUAAAAUAUCUGUUUUCAAUUUAAAAUUGUAAAAUCAAUGAUUGAUAUUGUAAAAAAAAAAAGGCAAUACAAUCAUUCCUUAAUUAGAAACAGCAAGAAAAGAAAAGUAUCAUACCUGUGAUUGUUUUUUAAGAAUUCUAUUAAUUUAAAACAGUGGAUAGCAUAUAUGGGUCAUGUAAAAAUGAUUAAUAUAAAAAAUCAUAUCAACUACAUGUGCAAUAUAAACAUUUUCUGGAAUAAAUGCAAUACCUCAAUUUUCAAGAAAAAUUGAGCGGGAGUGUAUCAUGAAGUUAAUUUUUUUCUUAUUUUUGACAGUAGCAUUACUGUAUUAUUGUAACAUGAUUAAUUACUGUACAAGUAGUAUCUAUAUUUCAUAACCUGUUUCUUGGUGCUACUGGAAUCUUUGUGCAGUUUUAAUUUUGUCUUCUUUUGUGAAAUUAAGGUUGAGACACUACUGUAUGUAAUUAUUGACCUAUGUGGAUUGUACAAGUUCUGCUAAAGAUACCUAAAUUUAAAUACACCACUAUUGUUUAGUUUCUUCUCAUUGCUAAAUUAAGGUAUUUUGUUUUUCUAGUUGAAUAUUUCUCAAAGGAAUUUGUUUCUUGUUUAAAUUUUUAUCCAGUCAUCAGAUAGCAUUUCCUAAACCAGUGAAAUUUAAGUAAAUAUUUUAGUUAAAAUAUUCAUCCAUUCAUUAUAAAAUUAGCAUUUCCUAAACUAGUAAAAUGAAUCUCUAGAAAAUUUUCUAACGAUUAAUUUCAGUUUCUAAAAGGACAAAUACGGCUAUUGUUUUGGAUGGAAGCGUUCUAGGUGAAGGCAAAUAUUUGCCGUUCCCAUAAAUAAACACACUUUUGAAUUGACGUAAAAGAACGGAGAAAACUGAAUUAGUGACAUGCUUUAAAAUUGAGAAAGGAAAUGGUGAAUAUGUCAAAGCGACAACCACCCGACCAUAGAGCAAACAACAGCCAAAGGCAACCAAUGGGUCUUCAAUGUAGCGAGAAUUCCCGCACCCGUAGGUAUCCUUCAGCUGGCCCCUAAAAUAUGCAUAAUAGUACAAUUUAAGUUUUUACAAUAAUGUAUUUAGAUAGUUGUGGGUGAAUUGAAAUGAUAAUUUACUUAUAAUGUCUUAUAUGUUUUUAAAAAAUCAGCUUAUACCACAUUUAGCAUGGUUUGAUAAAGUUUUCUUGUUGUGAUGAAUUUUGUUUUAGUAAGCAUGUAUCUUCAAGUAAAAUGGUUAUAUUCUAACUUCCUCGUUCUAUGACUUCAGGUAUCUCAUUCAUAAAAAAGCAUGACAUGGGAGUACGAUUAGAGCAGCCCAAACAAUAUAUUCAUUUUUUACCGCGGGUGUGUACUCAAAGUGUUUGAAGGACGUCAUAUCGGAAAUAAAGAUCUUUUUUUGGUGUUAAAAUAUAUAGGCAUAGAUUUUUACAAACAAAUGUGAUGCCUUACCAAUAACAAUAUUGUGGCAUUAUAUUUUCAAGUCGGUGAAUCCUUAAAUUUGUUAGUUUCGUCCAUUCAUUCUGCCCAUAUCAGGUUAAAGUUUUUUCGUUUAAGGUUGGUUAAAGUUUAGUUUAGGGUAUUUAUUGGUCACAUCAGUGCAACUACAUAAUGAAUUGAUUUGUCUAAUUUGUACAGUUGAUUCAUUAUUAUUUUGAGAUACAUGUACCAAUUUUUGUUGGAAUAUGUAAACCAUUAAUUUUAAUGUGCAACCAAGUACAAUUUUUUAUAGGCUUCUUUGCAUACUUAACAAAUCCAGGAAAACACAUUUUUCCUCAGGCUCAACCCAUGAAAAUUGAUGUUUGUUAAAAUACACAAAUCAACAGUAUACCAAAUAAGGGUUUUGACCAAGAUUUCACAGUUGCAUUGGGUCCUUUUCUCAUUUGCUAAAAGUAAAAGGUUGAACACAUAUGAUCUCAAUCAAUGUUGAAGAUGAACAUACAUGAGUGAUGUGGCUCACAUUUUGAUCCUUUUUGUAUGGUCAGCUUUUGUGAUAGUCAAUUUCUGAAUUGCUAUACAUGUGUAUAUUUUUAUAGACUUUGUAUCUGAUGUCAGUGUAUUGAUUGCAAUAUCCUUUGUCAGUUUGAUAUUGAUAUUUAACUUUCCCUUGCCAGCCUUAAAAUUUAUAUUUUAAGUCCUAAUCAUUAUGCAGGAGACAUUUCUAUGUAUCUAUUUCUUUAAUAUAUUUGUUUUGUUAUAAUCAUGAUUUGCUUUGUUAUAAUCAUGAUUGUUCAUCAUAAUCAUGAUUGUGCUUCAUUGCAAUCAUGAUCAUGCUUUGUUAUAAUCAUGAUCAUUGUGCUUUGUACUUAUCUAACAAUGUCAGCAAUGUUUAUAUUUAUUAUUGAUUUUGUUAGAUACUCACCAAAUGAUUCCGUCCUUAGCGAUUAUCUACUUAGAGAAAUACACAUAUCAAUUGUUUUCUUUCUUUGUUAUGUAACACCAUUGUUUUUUUAUGUGAGGAUUUUACACAGAUGUUGAAAUGCUUUUACAACCAAUAAAUUUGUAAAUAAAUGAAGAAGUGCUAUUA